AUGCCGUCCAGGUCUGCUCCAGACGGCACACCUGAGAAACAGAAUAACGCCUCCAUUAAAACCUGGGAUCAGUGCAUCCACAUGCAGGGGAACCAAAGAUUCAAACUGAGGACUGAGAAGGGAAAUCUCGAAGUGUGUGACGACGGGUCGAUACCCGGAGACGGUAAAGGAGCCGGAGGUCUGCACUCUGAAUUCUUCGCUCAUCUUAAACGUAACUGGUUGUGGACCAAUCAUCUUCUCGCUGUGAGGACGACCCCAAGUGGCUUAGAGGCGAAGGAGAAUAAAAUCAGACUGAAGAGCCUGCUGAGUAAAAACUCUCUCAGGAUCGCACUCAAAGCUGCAGGGACUAUUAACCCUCGUUAUUCGACUGCCAAACGUUCAGUGAUAGCAGAAACUAUUGAGGUGGAUAUUGAGCCUGCGUCCAGAAACCAGCAGGUGGUCGGAGGAAAGAAACAGAAGAGGAAGAGAACCAAGAAGGAGGUCGCCAAGCCCCCACGCAAGAAGAAGAAAGAGCCAAAGAAACGCCUGCCGGCUCACGACGAGGCCGACCACCGAGCUCUGAAGAUGAUGACGAGGCAGAGAGUGUACUGGUCCGUGCAGGAAGACUCUCUGAUGAUGCUCUGCAGAGUGGCCUCCAACCUGCUCAACAGCAAGUUGAAGAGGCCGUUCGUACCGUACGUUGUGGUCAGAGACCUGCUUCACGCAGAGUUCGAGAUCUCGAUGGAUAAAACAUCCGUCGCUGUCGGACGUCGCACACGAUACAUCCUCAAAAAUCCUCAGACGCUCCUGAACUACAGGAUCUGUCUGGCUGAGGUGUAUCAGGACAAACCUCUGAUGAGCCUCCUGGAGGAAAACAAACCUGCCGAUCCCAGCAUUGUCGAGGAUUGUGCAAAAUCGUUCUUGGAGUACGCCCGGCUGCUCCGACAGAAGUUCAGCUCUGUGGUUCUGAGCGCUCGGGAGAUGAUCAUGCCCGACACAAAACGCCAGCUCUUCUCACGAUUCAAGGUCUCAGCGAUAGAGAGUGGAAAGCGUGUGUCAUGGAAAGACAACAUCAACUCCAAGAAUGAUAUUCAUGCCAUAGUGUUACAAAACUUGAUCCAAAGCACUCUGGCCAUGACCAACAAUCAGAUGAAGGCGUCCAGAUCCUUCCAGACCUUCCACAUGUACAGUAAGUAUAACCAGGAGAUGCUGUGCCAGGCGUUCAUUCAGUGCAGGAAGAGAGGGCUGGUGAACCGGCGCCGCAUCAAUCAGGCGUUCGGACCGAAGAAGAACCGAGCGCUGCCCAUCCUGCCCAUGUCCUACCAGCUGUCCCAGUCCUACUACAGGUGUUUCUCGUGGCGUUUCCCUAACUCGCUGUGCACCGACUCCUUCCGCUUCCUGAGGAGUCUCAUCAACAACGGGACGUCAGACGACCAACCCGUCACUGCGUUCUACAAUGAGCCCGAGAACAGGGCGGAGAGCGGAGACGUAGUAGCGGAGAAAAGAGCGGCAUUGGAGAAGAAGAAAAAACAAAACCAAGGGGAGGAAGAAGGACCAGUGAAGGAACCAGAGAAGGAAACCAGUGACUCUACGAAGGAGGGAGAGAAGGACCAAAGUAAAACGGAAGGAGAAGAGGAGUUAAUGGAGGUGAACGAGGAGAAAAACAAAGCAGAGGAACAGAAGAACCAGGAAGACUCGCUCACAGCUGAUUCUACUGAAGAUCCCUCCAGCAGAGAGCAGACGGACAACCCUCCACCCAGAGAGGAGACUCCAGAUGUUUCUGCUCCUCCGAUACCUUCAGAGGAGCCUCCAGAUGUUGCUGCUCCUCAGAUAACUCCAGAGGAGCCUCCAGAUGUUGCUGCUCCUCCGAUAACUUCCGAGAAGUCUCCAGAUGUUUCUGCUGCUGCUUCGAUAACUCCAGAGAAGUCUCCAGAUGUUUCUGCUGCUUCGAUAACUCCAGAGAAGUCUCCAGAUGUUUCUGCUGCUUCGAUAACUUCCGAGGAGACUCCAGAUGUGUCUGCUCCUCCAAUAACUCCAGAGAAGUCUCCAGAUGUUGCUGCUCCUCCGAUAACUCCAGAGAAGUCUCCAGAUGUUUCUGCUGCUUCGAUAACUUCCGAGGAGCCUCCAGAUGUUGCUGCUCCUCCUAUAACUCCAGAGGAGCCUGCUGCUUCGAUAGCUUCAGAGAAGUCUCCAGAUGUUUCUACUCCUCCUAUAACUCCAGAGAAGUCUCCAGAUGUUUCUGCUGCUCCUCCUAUAACUCCCGAGGAGCCUCCAGAUGUUGCUGUUCCUCCUAUAACUCCAGAGGAGCCUCCAGAUGUGUCGGACAUGCUGCAGUUCUGCAUGGAGUCCCCGGGGGGAGCGAGUGGAGUCUGUCUCAGCCUGAUGUCUCUGGGACUGCUGAGUGUCUUCAUGUCCAUCCCCAAACAGGUGGUGGUGGUGGACAGCAACCUGGUGGACAACGACGUGGUCAAGAGUUUGGUGGCGCUGGAAGAAGAGGACGAAGAUGAUGAUGAGGGUGAGGAUUGUGAAGGGAAGAAGAAACUGGAGGUGAAGUCACAUCAGGCGUCUCACACCAACUACCUGAUGAUGCGCGGAUACUUCUUUCCUGGCAUCGUGAAAAUCCGUAACCUGAACACUCUGGAUAACAUCGUGGUGGAGUCGUGCAUCAUGAAGCUGCAGCUGCGCAGCACUCCUGCUCACCAGCUGUUCAAUACAGAGGACUCUCCACCGCUGGACUUGUCUAAAUGCGGUCCAUCCCUGCUGCCCUCCGUCCUCUCCUCCUCCACCCGCUCUUCCUCCCCCUCUCCCUCCUCCUCUCCCCACAGUGUGAAGGAGUGUGAGAGGCGUUUGGUUGAGCAGAGAGGUUACACUCCUCAGGACGUUAAAGCCUGUGCUCAGCUCAGGAGGAGUCUGGAGGCAGCGAAGGAGAGCGGUUUGGGGGUCCAGGACCUCUACGAGACUCACGCUCAGCUGCAGGAGGCGCAGGGGGGCCGCAGCAGGAGCCUGCAGCGGUACCUGAAGGUAACACGGACAAACAGACGCAGUAUAUUUGAUAAUCUGGAGUGGGACCUUUAUAAGAAUGUUUAUGGACAACAUCUGGCUCAGGACAUAGUGUCAGAGGAGGUGGCGAAGUUUCUUCAGAAUAAAAGCCCCGAGCGGCCCCUGGUGCUGUCUUUCCAUGGCUCCUCUGGGACGGGGAAGACCAUGGUCAGCUCCAUGCUGGGAAAUCAUCUGUACAGCUCUGCGAUGAGCAGCCCGUACGUCCAUCAGUUUGUUCCCGCGCUGCACUUCCCCUUACCUGACCGAGUCAAGGAAUACAGGGAGGAGUUGAAGAGUUGGGUGCAGGGGAACCUGACGGAGUGCGCUCGCUCCGUCUUCUUUUUUGACGAGAUGGAGAAGAUGCCUCCAGGUCUCAUCGAUGUUUUGGAGCCUUUCCUUGGUCCCUCCCACGUUGUGUUUCGCACAAACUACCGGAAGGCCAUCUACGUCUUCAUCGGGACCACCGGAGAGGAGGUGAUUAACAGAGUGGCUUUAGAGAACCGGCAGGCGGGGCAGGAGAGGGAGGACAUCCAGCUGGAACACCUGCAGGAAGCCAUCGCACAGGCGGUCUACAACAGCACAACAAGCGGCUUCUUCCAGUCCAGGGUGAUCCAGCAGAAGCUCAUCACCCGCUUCGUCCCCUUCCUGCCGCUGAGCCGACGCCACGUGGAACGCUGUGUCCGCUCGCAGCUCUGCCAGCGGGGCAGCUGCGGCCGCACGGACGUGGUAGAGGCAGUAGGGGGCGACAUGCUCUACACCCCCGCCCAGGGACAGUACUUCUCCACCACCGGCUGUAAGGCAGUCCCCGCCAAAAUCAACCUCUUUCUGUGAGCCAAGGUGCAAUCUGAUUGUUGAUUUCUAAGGAGUGAAAGGCUUUGAGGGGAGUCAGUGAAGAGGAAUAGAGUCUGUCCCUCACAUGGCGGUCAGAGCAGCGUCUCCGGAGCAGCGUCGAGGAGUCGCUCAGGGGGAUUUAAAUCACAGCUUCCUGUAUUCAAAGCAUGCUAAGGUUCCUAGAAAGCGUCGUUGGUACACGUCAAACUCUGAACAUUACAAAACCAGGAUUUCUGCCACGCUCUACCUCAAACAAUUCCUUUAAUUGAUGAACUCUAAAGGUGGUCCAGGCUUCAGCUGCAGUUGGGUUAACAUCAAUUAUGUCUUAAAGACUAUUUAUUCAGUAUUUAUUUAACUUUGACCAAUGUCCUCCUUUCACUUUUAUACAGACGCACACAUUUCACUCCCACUUCCCCUGCAGGAUCCCCCCCGCAGCAGCUGGAGGCUAAGUGCCUUCUGGGAGUUUUACUAAAAUUGAUCAAAAGGCUCAGAAAAGGGUUGUUAAAUUAAAAACUUCUGAAUGUUUUAAUGUGUUAUG